GGGCCGAUGCGCGCAUGCGUCUACCGCCAUCUUGAAGUUGCUAUGGUAACGUUAAAAUAAACUCCCAAUAGGAAAAAUCGCGGUAAAAUAAAGUGAGAAUAUUAAAAACAAUAAGUGCCAGUGAAAAGUGUAUUUUUUUUUAUUGUUAUAAAAGUAAUGACUUGGUGUGUGGUGGUGUCUCCGUGAAGUCCUGAAACCUGGUGCCAAAAUGGGGACCUUUGGAUGGUGUUUGCUUGCGGUCCUAGGAUUAACAGUCGCGCAAGGUCCUGAAAAACGGAGGACCGGCAAUGUCUGCAACGUGGACAUGGACUGUCCGGACAACGCUUUCUGCAGACAAGGCAGCUACUGCGUCUGCAAGGAUGGGUUCGUUUAUGCUGCCGUCAAUAGCACCCACAAAGGAUGCUUGAAAGAGGGUCGUUUUGGCGAGGAGUGUGUCCAGCACAUCCAGUGUCACUCCACUCUCGGCGUCCAUUCAGAGUGCGCUAACGGGGCCUGCGCGUGCGCCGGGACCGCGCAUUUGCAGGACGAGAGGUGUUACGAGUCGGCAUUGGUCGGCGAGAGGUGUGUGGUGGACCAGAAUUGUUUCUUAUGGGCGAGUCAGACCGGCUCAGAUCUUCAGGCUGGCCAGGCUUACUGCGUCAGGGGAUACUGUACUUGCCAACUGCAGUAUAGUCCAAGGGACAAUGGUACCAGGUGUGUUCGAGAUGCCGUGCUUCACGAGGAGUGCGAAGACGAAUUGCAGUGUGCGGGUUCAGGGUUGGAAUGUCGAGGGAUAUGCCGGUGCAGGGACAACUGGGUGGCGCACAAUGAGUCCAGAACUUGUCUUGAAUCUGUGAAAGCACUCAACGAUCCUUGUAUAUAUGACGUGCAAUGUGACGCACUAGCCGGCACGCCGGAUGCGCGAUCUCCCGGCGCCGCCUUAUGUCUGGGAGGAGUGUGCUCGUGUUCGUACAGCGCUCAUACUGCGGGUAAACCCGAGAGGUGUUGGCACAGACGCCGGCCUGGACAGGAGUGCAGAAGAGACGAGGAAUGUGUUUCUGAAGAAGAUGAGCCUGGCUACUGUCUGUCCGGUCGUUGUACCUGCAAAAACUGUUCACCAGAUGCCAGGGACUUCUACGGAGGCGCCAGCACCUUCUCCCGCCCGCCAGUGUACGCAGCCGUCAUUUUGUCAAUCGCCGCCAUCUUGAGGCACUGAGACCGCCAUCUUGUCCGCCAUUUUGUAAUCCUGCAUAGAUAUUGUUAAUUGAGUGGACGUACGAUUGUCAAACGAGUGUAUGGAGUUAUAAUCGAAAUACGAAAUCCAGUUGAAGAUAAAUGGUUCAAUUAGUAAUAUGAUAAGUGUAUGAUAAAGUUUACAUAUUUUUGCAGACUUUAUUUUGCCAAUACUUGUAUAGUUAUCCACUAACUAUAACAAGAAAAUUGUUCGUAUUUUACCCUCUACAAAGGAGUUAGUAUUAUUUUAUUAUUACACGGUUACAUUAUAUAGUGUAAUAAAAAACAUCUAGGCAUAUUUUAUAAGGUAUGUAACUCCAUAACGAAACAAUCCAUCUUGAUUUCUUUAAAUAAAAAUAUAGUGUAUAUUAUAUUGAACAGUCUGCAAAAAUUUGUCGAUGAAAUUUACCAUUAGUUAAGUCCACAUAGAAUCUAUUGCACAAAUGGAUAUAUAAUUAGAUUGUUAUAUCUUUAGUAGUCUAUACAGUUUAUAAGUUGUAAAUAAUUGUUGUUAUUGUACAUUUUAAAUAAGCGUAGAAUUAUUUAAACAAUUCCGAUUUUUAGAUCCAGUAUUUUUCGAGUGCAAUUUUUUUUUAUCUAUUUGUAAUGACAGCUAUGAAUGGGUAGAUCUUAUACCAAAGACACGUGUACACAACUUGUUGAAUUGUGUAAAUAAAUUAUAUUUAUUUUGGACAACUA